AUGAGCUUGUCAGAUAAGCUUCUCUUGCGCAAUGUCAACUACCGGGGCCGUAUCUACGACAAGUUCCCCAAAAUUUACAACAUUUACGUGGUAGGUGUAGUGGCAUGCAUUUCCGGACUGAUGUUUGGGUUUGACAUUUCAUCGAUGUCGUCGAUGAUCGGUACCGAUGAAUAUAAGGCCUAUUUUGACAAUCCUCAAUCCACGCGGCAAGGUGGUAUUACGGCUUCGAUGUCUGCAGGAUCAUUUUUUGGAUCGCUCAUUUCGUCGAGUGUGACCGAUGUUUAUGGAAGACGUGUGUCGCUGCACUUGUGUUCGGCUUUCUGGAUCCUGGGAGCUAUCUUGCAGUCUUCUUCGCAAAACGUGGCGAUGCUGGUGGCAGGCCGUGUAGUGAGCGGCAUUGGUAUUGGGUUUGGGUCGUCUGCGGCCCCGGUGUACUGUUCUGAAGUGUCGCCUCCUCGCAUUAGAGGAACCAUCUGUGGCCUUUUCCAGCUAAGUGUCACUGUCGGUAUCAUGAUCUUGUUCUACAUCGGGUACGGUUGCCAUUUCAUCAACGGGACUGGUGCAUUUAGGGUCACGUGGGGCAUCCAAAUCGUCCCCGGUCUCGUUUUGUUAGUCGCAGCGUUUUUCUUACCAGAAUCGCCUCGUUGGCUGGCCAACCACGAUCGAUGGGAAGAAGCUAGCGAGGUUGUUGCUAGGAUUAGCGCUCAUGGAGAUCGAGAUGACCCCCAAGUCCAGCUACAAUUGGAAGAAAUUAAAGAACAGGUGUUGAUCGACCAGGCCGCCAUGAAUUUCGGUUACCGUCAUCUCUUCCGCAAGAAGUCAUUGAGAAAGACGAUAGUCGGCGUCUCUGCGCAAAUGUGGCAACAGCUAUGUGGUAUGAAUGUGAUGAUGUACUACAUUGUGUACGUUUUCAAAAUGGCCGGUUACACAGGCUCCCAAGUUUUGGUGUCUGGCUCCAUCCAGUACGUAUUGAACGUUGUUAUGACUAUUCCUGCCCUGUUUCUGGUAGAUAAAGUGGGGAGAAGACCCGUAUUGAUCACCGGCGGCGUUUUUAUGUUCAUAUGGUUGUUCGUUGUGUCUGGAUUACUAGCCAAUUACUCAGUCCCUGAACCGAAUGGAUUCGAUGGCGACGACACAGUCAGGAUCAGUAUACCUCCAAGUCAUAAACCUGCCGCACGGGGUGUAAUUGCCGCUUGCUACUUAUUUGUGUGUUCCUUCGCACCAACAUGGGGUAUUGGUAUUUGGAUCUACUGUUCGGAGAUUUUCAACAACAUGGAGAGAGCAAAGGGUUCUGCUCUUUGUGCUUCUGUAAAUUGGGCCUUCAACUUUGCUUUGGCUAUGUUUGUGCCAAAAUCCUUCACAAACAUCAGCUGGAAGACCUAUAUCAUUUUUGGAGUGUUUUCAGUAUGCCUCACUAUUCAGACAUUUCUCAUGUUCCCAGAGACUAAGGGCAAAACACUGGAAGAGAUUGAUCAAAUGUGGGCAGACAACAUACCCGCCUGGAAGACCGGUUCCUACGUACCAGAAUUGCCAAUCAUCGAAGAUGAAGAAGGCAACAAGCUCGGGUUAUUGGCCAGAGCACAACACAUUGAGAACGCCAGCAACGAAAAACCUCUUUUUCAACAUAAUGACGCUAUGGAAAACAGCACCAGUCACUCUCAAUGA